UUUGUUUUUGGGGGGGGAGGGGGUGUAUCUUUUUUCAUUCCUGUAACACUUCUCUUCUACAAGGAGGUACAGGUAUUAGAGAGCGGAAACACACUUUUAAAAGCAGUUUGGAGCCGGCAGCUUGCGUAUGAAAGCCGUUUAUUCUUGGGUUUAAACCCGUGGAGCGUGCCGUCGGAUGGGUUUUUCGUUCGGAAGAAUAAAUGGUGUCGAAGUCGCCUGCACGGUCCUUCCCGCGCUCGCCCGUCUGGACACAGCCGAGCCCUGGCCUGGACGGGGAGGCCGAGCUGUGCUUCUGGCCUUAAAGCCCGUUUGCUCCACGAUCCGUCUUGUUUCAAACUCUGAAAGAACCGGGUUUGAUUGGGGCUGGGAAGGGGGACGUGACUCGGGAGCGGAGUCCCAUCGGUUGGACGGGCGCUAAAUACCGCAGCGACCAAUUUAGUCUGGAAUAAAAUUGAUGUAUCUGGGAAACACCUUUAGUAGAGCCAACACAGACCGGAGCAGCAAACACCUGUAACUAAAAUGGUGCUCCGAUAUAUUUAAAAAAAAUUGGAAAUGGGACCAAAUAAGUUUAAAAAAAAAAAAAAAAAAGUUUGUUUUCUGUUCAUAAACGUGAGCUAAGUGGUGGCAUUGUAAAAUAUUCUGUCAUAAUGUCACCAUGCAUUUGUAUUUGCUUUUUGUAGAGAUAUUAAUCAUUAACACACUAUUAUUUCUGUCCCCAAACCACCCCAAGGUGUUUUGUGUAAAAUUGUACAGUGUAUAGGUAGAAAGUUAUUGGCAUCCGGCAUCAAAAUGCUUCCGUCUGUGGGGUUGAACACGUCUUUAGCACCGCACGACACAGCAGCGUAGAAAAGUUAAUCUUCCUUUUCUAUUGCAAGUGAAAUUCAUAAAGGUAGAAUGCAUUUUGCUCCUUCUUGAAACUUGAGUAAUGUGAUAUGAGCACCCAAAAAGUCCUGCCGAGUAUUAAAAGUUCUGGUCGGAAAUGACCCUUAUGUUUUGUUUGAAAGAUAACGGCAUUGUUUUAGUACCGAGUCAGUGUAAUGGGUCAUCAGCCAAAUCGCUAACUGCAGUCACUUUCUGUACCACCUACAUGGUGCUUGGAGGUCUCUCAGCCAGGUAUGUUAUUAUCUAGCAAAGAGUCAUUUUCUGCUCGAUAAGCUGAGGCCGGUUUUCAUUGCUAUUACGUCACUAACUUGAAAUAUUUAAGUUUAGCUAAUUUUAUUGUAGUCUGCAGAGAAAUUAAAUUGAGUUCUUGUUAGCUGGGUUACCUUAGGUAUCAAAACUUUCUGCCAGGAGCUGGUGUAUAUCUGCAAAGAGACACGCAUACACCCAGGUUUCUUGUGCAGGAAAAGCUGGGGAUGUUUGUUGUAAUCUUGAAUACACCAUUUCUGUUCAACUCCUGACAAAGUGUUCAAGUUUUGGUUUGAUUGGGCGUUCUCCUGAGAUCAUCUGGUCCGUGGGACAGAUUCAUCCUACAGUCUGUGCUAGCAUGGUAGGGAGUUGCAGUCUUGCUCUGUUGUGGAGCCAGCAUUACUGAAGUAGUAGGGGAGAGUCAGCUGGGGAUGUGCUAGUCUACUGCAUUUCCCAGGAAUCCUCCAGCAGGAGGGCUUCUACUGGUAUUGCCAUGACUUAAACCUGUCUUUCUUGACCCAACAGAGUCUCCGUACCAGGACUUGUCCUCCCUCUGGACCUCCAAAGGUAUUCUGUGAGGGUGGAAUUAUGCCUCCCACUGCCAGCAAAAGCAAAUGUGGACUCAAUGGGAGGCUUACAAAUCUGAUUGUAGAUGUGUGGCUAACCUCCUCUUCUCACUAAGUUUCUAUCACUUAGGUUCCAUUGAAGGGGAACUCUUGUCUCCAAUUCUUUAUGAAUGCUUUAGGCUUAUUUUACUCUAUGACCUGGCUGCCUAAAAUAGGUGUAGUAUCUUGGAGGCCAUGGACUUUGAGGAAGCAACUGUUUUUAUCCCCCAGGCAGUCUGUGCCUCUCUUCCAAGUAGCAGGAAAGAAGACUUCUCGUGAUCUUCUUGCACUAAGUGAGACAGAAUUAGAAGAACAGUUUGUAAGAGGUAGUGGCCCUGGAGGCCAAGCAACUAAUAAAACAAACAACUGUGUUGUCUUGAAGCACAUUCCAUCUGGGAUUGUAGUCAAGUGUCAUCAAACUAGAUCAGUGGAGCUGAACCGAAAGAGAGCUAGAGAGAUACUGCAAGAAAAAAUUGACCUAUUUUACAAAGGUGAAGAUAGUGAUGUUUUCAAAGAGAAGAUAGAAGCAGGGAGCAAAAAGCAAGAGAAGAAAAGAAAAGCAAAGGAAAACCUGGAAAGGAAAAAACAACUUAAAAAAAUGCAAGAACUGGAGAAUGAGGAACUGUUCCCCUGAAAACAGCAAGGACGAGCUGCCUGCCUGCAUCCAACUAUGCCAUGGACGGAGCAUCUAGCUGCAUGCAGUCGUGUUCUCUAGCCUGUUCCCAGAUUUGAGCCUCACACAUGAAGGUUAAACCUUUACCUAUCUAACCAGGUUCUUUUGUACAUUUAACAUCAGAUGGAUUAAAGGCACUCUACAUGGUUUUAAUACAAAUUGUUAAUGAAAAUAAGUUUUAUUACAUCAAGUAAUAAAUACAUACAAAGAUGCAAAUAA